UGCACAUCUCCACUCACUCACUCACUCACUCAUUCCUUACUCUUCGCCAGUCCCUUACUUCAUUUCUUCUUCACAGCCCACAUCCAUCGCUCCGCGCCAUGGCCUACGACUCACCCUCUCCUGCAGACACUUCCGAGUUGUUGGCCCCGUCCCUGUGUCUCAACCCUGAUGCAAUCGAGGAUCUGGCCCCUGUUCAGCCCACAAAGGAGAACCUCCUGCCGGCGUCCUUCCCCGCCCUAAGCUGGUCCGAGCAGUCCUCUGCCGACCACAAGGCAGCCAAAGCUGAGAAGCGUCUUUGCUACCGCCAUCGCCCCGACUUGCGAUCCAAGCGAGCUGCCGAUGAGAUCCAGCUGGAUCAGCUACAACAGGUACAGACCAGACAUAUGUACCAGUCCUUACACGACAUUAUUACCCCCUCUCCUUACACUGUCCAUUGAACCCUCUUCAGAGCUGUUGUGGGGAGUGAAUUUAUGGUUUACUUUGGUUCGCGCCCUGUGGUCCGGUAUUUGGUCCAUUAUCCUGUGCCCUGUCUAG